AUGGGUGUCUCGAGCACAGCAAGAUUGCCAUCGCUAGGCGCACAGUCGAUACCGCCGCUCUUCAGCCACCUGCAGCACACCUCGAACGCCAAGGUGGUCUCGAGAUGGAGCAUCACCGUGCGCUCCUUCCGCGCUGUGCCCGUCCCGACCAACGCAUGGCCUUCGUCGGACCAGUAUGACUCAGACUUCUUCGCCAAUGAGGCUUCGGGGAGCAACGGUGCCAAAGCUGCAUCUUCAUCCACCACACAGGCCGCAACAUCGGGCAGCAGCUCGCUUUCGAGCGGCGGAGCCGGAUCAUCCGCAUCAGGCGCGCCACCAUCGACCAAGCCGAGAACCAUGUGGCAGGUGUGGAUGUCCGACUUCCCAGGGACGGUGUUCGUGAUCGUCGAAGACACAGGCAGGUCGUCACGUGCCAAGGUCUGGCGAGACUGGGAGCUGGCAACGAAGAAGUGGAAGAAGCAGAAGCGUCAAGAGAUCGAGGCGAGACGGAAGAGGGAUGCGCAGAAGCCGUCGGAACAGCACCUUUCAUCAGGACGCACAGAUGAUGGGUCAGCUAACACAGAAGGAACGAAGCCCGAGGGCAAUCCCACGUCGACGACGCAGGCUGAUACCGCUGCCAAGGAUGAGAACCAGUCGGAGCCUAUGGACGUGGAUGCCGCUGCAUCGAUAACAGAUGCCGAUGCGGCCGGAGCAAAGGUCGAAGCAGACGUGUCAGGACCGUCAGUCGCUCCCACCUCGGAGCAAGCGACAAUCGCCACCUCGCUCUCGACAGAACAGUCCACAGACACGACCAUGGUCGACAGUAUCGAUGACGACCCGAUCGAGACCGCCGGACCGAAGCCUGCACUUCGCCUGCCCUCCCACACGCGCUACACCGUCUCUGCCCUCACCUCGUCCAUGUCGGCCAUGCUGACGAGCCUCAACCUCCCCCCACCGCACGGAGCCCCCGUCGGCACAGCGGGUCCUGGCGCCUGGGUCCCACGCGGCGCCGCCGUCUCGAUCGAAGGCCUCAUCCUCGAGAUCAACAGUUCGUCCCUCAACGCGCUGCCUGGCAUUUCUCCCGCGCUCACCUCCGUCUCCACCGCAGACGACGCCGUGAGCUCAAGCGGGGUGGACUGGCGCGUGAGAGUGGGCAGUGUCAUGGGCGGCGGUGGGCGUAGCGCUGGAGCUAUUGUCGAAGCAGAGUUCUUGCCAAUCUCGACGCUUUUGCCGACAUCCAAGUUCAUGCACGAUUUUCUGUACUCGCUCUUUCCACCUGGACUCGUACCCAUGCCAGCGCCAGUUGCAGGGAUGAACGCGCAAGGCGCGGCGGCUACGUCGCUGAACGGGAGCGUAACGGGCACUCCCAGAAUGGGCAACGCCACGCUUGGUGCUGCCAACAACACGGCUGCAAGCACGACGGCAAACGCGUCCAGCGCCAGCUACACCAUCGGUGGUGGAACAACAGGCGCGACACCGCCCAAUCGCAACUUCAACAUCCCAGUGGUAUCGGAUCAGCUGUGGGAAGAGGUGGUUCCGCGCUCGGGCGAAGGCUGGCGUCGACGCAUUGCGAAGCGCUCUCAUCAGAUGAAGGUCGCUGCACGGGUACAACGCAGGCAGAGAAAGAACGCAACCACAUCAACGCAGUCUGUCAACAAGACUCGAGUCGUGGCCCCGGAGACGAAUGGCGAUGAUGCGUUUGGAUGGCACACCUUCGGCUCGGACGAGGAGCCAGACGCAGAAGCGCACGCUAAUGGCGACUGGCAGGACGACAACGACUUGUCUUCGUCCGAGUCAGAGACUGAUCAAGUCCUCGUCACAGACUCUAUUGCAGCAGCUGGAGGGCUGACAGGAACAGCAGUGACAAUGCAGCAGGUGGACGAAGAAGACGAUGACGAUGAUGACGAUCGACCCCUCGGCGCACCUGCCUGGUCCAAUGCCAACACUCGUACUUCGUCCGCGUCCAACUUGAACAGCGCGUCCGUCUCAGUAGCUGCGGCAGCGAAGAAGGAGGACACGGUGCAGCUCAUCUUCCAGGGUCUUCGAGCGGAUGAGAAGGAUGCUGAUGACGGUGCCGGGGCAGAUGGGUGGAGUGGGAUCGAAAGAGGGCGAAGGAUUGCUUUCCAGUACGUACAGAUGCUGCGCGCCGAAGGCAUCAUCUGA